CAAAAUUACAAUCAAUUUGAUUACAAUUUAUUUCGUCAGCUUUGUAGAUAUAUGAGAUUCAUGCCAACAUGCAGGCUGAAGAUAAGCGUACCAAGCACCCAACAGACUUGGCAUCUUUGGAGCCUGCUGCGAGGGUGAAACAGCUUGCAAACUACGGGACCAUGGUCGAAGUGGACCCUAAUGUCCCUCCUCGAAGGUAUUAUCGUUCAGGGUUAGAGAUGGUGAGAAUGGCCAACGUUUAUCUGGCUGAAGGCAGUCUCGAAAAUGCUUACAUAUUGUUCAUGAAGUUUAUGACCCUCUUCUUGGAGAAGAUUCGGAAACAUCCGGAGUAUGCGUCUGUUCCGGCGCAAGUGAAGUCUGUGAAUCAAGCCAAGCUCAAGGAAGUCAUGCCCAAAGCUGAAAAACUUAAGCAAAAACUUCUGGAACAGUAUGCUAAAGAACACAUAGCAUAUAAAGAGAAUGAGGAGAAAAGACGUAAGAUGGAGGAGGAAAGGAAAAAGCAGGAGCGUGAAGAUGCAAAGUUGGCAGAACGAUUGCAGGCUGACGAAGACAGACGAGACACAAAUCAUCCCACGCCACAUUUGAUGCAUGCGGAGAACUGGGCUGUAUCGCCGUCAGCGCCGCCUGUAGACGGCGUCCUAUACCCUGACGACUUCGCCGCCGAGCCACCGCGGGCGCCGUCCCAUCAGUAUACACCAGUGCCGCCGCUUAUACCGCCUUCAAGGCCACAGAGCAGCGACAGCACGUUCGACGCGGCGCCGCUAUCGGCGCGGCUGGGGCUGCGGCCAGUACGCGUGCCGGCGGCGCUGUUGCCACGCUUCCUACAGCUCGCGGCUCCUAACACGGCGCGGAAUACUGAGACCUGCGGCAUCUUAGCUGGCGUGCUGGAGCGUGACGAGCUCAAGAUCACGCACGUGGUGGUGCCGAAGCAAUCAGGUACUCCGGACUCGUGCAGCACUACCAACGAAGAGGAGAUCUUCCACUACCAGGACCAGCACAACCUCAUCACGCUCGGCUGGAUACACACGCACCCGACGCAGACGGCGUUCCUGUCUUCGGUAGACCUUCACACGCAGGGCGCCUAUCAGCUCAUGAUGCCGGAAGCCGUCGCAAUCGUGCAGGCGCCCAAGUACAACGAGACGGGCUAUUUCGCUUUAACGCCGGAAUACGGCAUGGACUUCAUCGCCAAGUGUCGCCAGACGGGCUUCCACCCGCAUCCCAAUGACCCACCGCUGUUUUAUGAUGUCAAACACAUUCGGCUAGACCACACAGCGCCGGUGGAAAUGGUGGACCUCAGGAGAUGAGCUCACCAUCCACCCACGCUCGCCGGUAACACGCAUUUAUAGUAUUACUGUAAUCCGAUUGCAGUAACUUGUAUAUUACAUCAUGUAACGCUCCUCGAGCUUGUAGAUAUUACAGAGUAUUUUAUUUAUUGCCCGAAAAUGUUGUUUACCUACUUUAAAGUUAUGGCCGUUUAAGGGAUCACGCUAAUAUUUUCUAUUUAGAUUUGCAAUAAGAUAUUAAAGUUAUUUAAAAUUAUUUUAAAAUAAUACACAUCGUGUGAUUGAAUUAACGAAAAAGAUGUUGAUUUUUUCAACACCUACAGUAGAAUAGACACUUUGAUUAUUUCAAUUAAACUUUCUGUCAAUAAAAUGCGUAAAAUGAGAAACUAUGUAAUCACAAAACAAAAUAUUUAGCAACACACCUAACAACAAAACGCUCUUCACUCGCAUUUACUUUACCGUAGUUAUACAACCCGCGCGACAUUUCGAUUAAAUCAACAACAUUUCUUGUUUCUCUCUUUACACCUCGCACGAUUAUUAGAAAUCUACUUUACAGUUCUUGACACCAUGAAUAUACGGUAGAAAUAUGAUCGGGUGUUGAAAUAAAAGUGUCAUGAUAAAUAAUGAUAUUAAACUUCCCAAAAACAAAACACGAAUAUAAACAAAGCUCACAUUUUGUAUGCACUUUACUAAUUCCAUAAAUACUAGGUACCAGUGGACGUUCGUCUGUCUUUGUCAAUUAAUGUCUUCUUCAGAGUGGUAAGAGCUCCCUACUUUAUCUCUAAAAGAUUCGUUUAUUACGCGCGUGAUAUUUUAAGGCACAGACGAAGACUGACUUAUAUGUGUAUCAUAUAAAUCUUCGAAUAUUCCAUAGUACUUUUUAACCUUUAACCAGGCUACAAAAAUAAAUUUUUCAACCGUAUUUUCACAGCAUAAAGUUCAAAUUGAUGUGGGCUCUAUAGCUUCCAAAGCCUGGUUAAGGGUUGUCUACGUUCCACGUCUGUGACAAAUUCGAAUUAACACUGUGAUUUAUAUUAACAAUUAUUGUUUAUAGCGUUAAAUUGUUAAGUCAUUUGUUUGUUCUGUUUAUUGUCCAUAAAAAGAAGAACAUUUCAUUUCAACGCAUUUUUAAAUACCAAAAUAAUGUUUUGUUUUAAAAUACAAGUCAAACUUGUUAUCUUUAAGUUCUCUAACGUUAAUGAAAAUAUUGUUUUGUUGUUCUAAGUGUAAAGAUUACGUUAUAUUUUGUUAUGAAGAUGAUAUUAUCUAAAAUGGUCUAAAUAUUUCUUACUUUGUCACAUCACAUUCUAUUUAUUAACAAUGCUUUUGCUUUACACAAAGUUUUAGAGGUUAUGAUCACUUCUUAUUAACCCAGGGUAUAGUGCCAUUUGUAAGAGAAUAGGUAUAAAAAAGAAAAAUAGACGCUUUCCGCAUUUGUUAAGAUAAGUUCAAGUAAAAACAUAAUUCGUCAAGAAAUAAUGCACUAACUCAAAAUAAAAAUCAUGGCUAAUGAGAAUUCAGACUCGGUUUUUUAAUUCAAACGAUACCUACUUAUAAUUUCGUGAAUUACAUACUUCAAGAUUUGUAUACUGAAGAACUUAGAAGUUUUUAGAAGACUGAAUUAGGCGAUUACGCAUUUAUUAAUUGAAAAAAUAUAAAGAUAGAUAAUUUUGCUUUAAAUAAAUAAUUACAAUACAUGGUUAUGGUUUUGGUUACAAUAUUAGAAGGUUAGUAAGCUUUUCAGUUGCAAAGUCUAAUAUUCUAGAUGUGUCACUGUCCACAUGUUCUAUAUCGGUUGAUCAAUAAAAUUGGACUUUCGAACCUAUUCUUAAUAUAUUUUUGCCUAAUAAAAUAUGUAUAACAUCACAACUUGGUUAGAAAGAGAUAAAAUAACUGUGAUUCGAGGAUCGUUGGCCCAUCUCUUUCCAACGGGCAUUAUGUAUUAUUUCUUGACGAUAUAAGUGUAAUGUAUUAAACUCAUGUUCCGAAGCGUG